AGGUGUGAGAGAGAGAGAGAGAGAGAGAGGCAGUCGUCACGCACUUCCUGUUUGACUCUCUUCCUCGAUCAAACCCUAAUCUCCCUAAUUCUCCUCAUUUUUUGCCCCAGAAUUUUCUCCUCUCGUGUUAUCACGAUCCACAUUUGCCAGAAAAAUCUGGUAAUUUAUCUAAUUUAGGUUUGGUUUUUUGUGGAUUUGAUGGGGAGUGAAGUGGAUUAUAGUUCUGAUGAAGACACUGAUGUCAGUGAAUCUGAAAUAGAGGAAUAUGAAGACAAAGCUUAUGAAGAAUUGAAGAGUGGAAGGCACCACAUCCAAAUAUCCGAUCAAGCUUACACUUGCCCAUACUGUCCAAAGAAAAAGAAGCGAGAUUACCUAUACAAGGACCUCUUACAGCAUGCAAACGGCGUGGGCAAGUGUAAUUCACAAAAGCGAAGUGUAAGAGAUAAGGCCAAUCAUCUAGCAUUGGCGAAAUAUUUAGAGAAAGAUUUAGCAGUUGUUGCGGGCCCAUCACGACCAGUAGCUGAGGCUGAUCCUUUGGCAGAUCAUGAUGGUGACGAGAUGUUUGUUUGGCCGUGGAUCGGAAUUGUUGUUAACCUCCCUACUCAAUGGAAGGAUGGGCGUUAUGUGGGGGAGAGUGGUUCUAAGUUAAGGGACCAGUUGAUCAGGAGAGGCUUCAAUCCCAUAAGAGUACACCCUCUCUGGAAUUUCCGUGGACAUUCGGGAAGUGCAGUUGUGGAAUUUAAUAAAGAUUGGUCUGGGUUCAACAAUGCUAUGUCUUUUGAGAAGGCUUAUGAGGCUGAUCAUCAUGGGAAAAAAGACUGGCAACCAACGGAUGCCCAAAAAUCUGAUCUUUAUGCAUGGGUUGCUCGUGCAGAUGACUACAAUUCCAAAUGCAUCAUUGGGGAACAUCUUCGAAAGGUUGGUGACCUUAGAACCAUUUCUGAUAUCAUGGCUGAUGAAGCUCGGAAGACAAGUAAGCUUGUAAAUAAUUUGACAAACGUCAUCGAGGUCAAGAAGAUGCACUUAAAACAAAUGGAGGAGAAUAUCAAUGAGACUUCAAAGUCCCUGAGCAUGUCAAUUGCAGAAAAAGAUAAGCUUCAUCAAGAUUACAAUGAAGAGAUAAAAAGGAUUCAGUCAAGUGCCAGGGAACAUUUCCAGAAGAUUUUUAAUGACCAUGAAAAGCUUAAGGUGCAAUUGGAAACUCAAAAAAAAGAGCUUGAGCUCAAGGGUAAUGAAUUGGAGAAACGUGAGACCCGGAAUGAAAAUGAAAGAAAAAAGCUCUUUGAAGAGAUUGAAAAGAAUGCAUUGGAAAAUAGUUCACUUCAGACGGCAUCUGAAGAGCAGAAAAAAGCUGAUGAAAAUGUAAUGAAAUUGGCAGAAAUUCAGAAGAAGCAAAAGGAGGAUCUCCACAAGAAAAUUAUUCAACUGGAAAAACAAUUGGAUGCAAAACAAGCAGUGGAGCUAGAAAUCGAGCAGUUGAGAGGGACAUUAAAUGUAAUGAAGCACAUGGGAGAUGAUGGUGAUUUGGAAAUUUUGAAAAAGGUAGAGAGCAUGCAGAAAAUGUUGAGGGAAAAGGAAGGAGAUUUUGAUGAUUUAGAAUCCUUGAACCAAACUUUAAUAGUGAAGGAGCGCAAGAGCAACGAUGAGCUGCAGGAAGCUCGUAAAGAAUUGAUUAAUGGCUUGAAAGAACUAGCCAAGACUGCUCCUAUUGGUGUUAGGAGAAUGGGGGAGCUCGACAGCAAACCAUUCCAUGAAGCAAUGAAGAGAAAAUAUAAUGACACAGAAGCAGAUGAGAGAGCUUCAGAAUUGUGCUCAUUGUGGGAGGAGUACCUUCGAGAUCCUGAUUGGCAUCCCUUUAAAGUGAUCAAUGUCGAUGGAAAACAUCAGGGAGUGAUAGAUAGCGAAGAUGAAAAGUUGAAAGGUGUGAAGAAAGAAUUUGGUGAUGAAGUGUACAAGGCUGUGACGACAGCUUUGACUGAGGUGAAUGAAUACAAUCCAAGUGGAAGGUACAUCAUUUCAGAGCUAUGGAACUACGCUGAAGGUAGGAAAGCUACUUUGAAAGAGGGAGUCGUCUGCAUACUGAAGCAGUGGAGAAUUUACAAGCGACUGAGAGGGGAGUGAUGGUUGGAAUUAUGUUCUGCCUUAAUUUCGAAUAUUUCAGCCUUUAUCUGUAUCUGUAUCUGUUAGAGUACUUUAAUGUAGAACUCAUGUAUAACUUAACCAGCAUGAAAAGCUAGAUCAUUGACACUGCUCGUGCAGUGCCCUACCCCAAGAACCAGGGUACAAAUUGUCUUAGAAAGAGCUGUGACAUCCAUGUCUCAAUCUUGCCCUUGAUAUUCCACAUUUGAAGGUAAUAAUAUCUAUGCAAAUGCCAUUGGAGUUAUCCAUAACAGAAUGGCUGAGUGAUUGAGAUGUACUGUUAACAGAACUCUGGGAAUAAAUUGUUGAUCUAUGAUGGUUGCCUUUGGCAUGAGGAGUCAUUUUCUUUAACAA